CUUUCAGUUUUCACGAGUAUUUCUUGGAAAUAGUUUUUAAAAAAAAUAAGCCCCGUUAAUGAACAAAUUCACCUGAAACAUUGUUAAUUUUCUCAAAUUUAAUGUUUUGUCUAAUGUUUUGCAUUUAAAUUAUUAAUUAAGAAAUUUUUAUCGUUUAAUUAAAGUUUUACUGAAAAAUAUAAAAAGUGUGUGAAAUCAUGAAACUGGCAAUCACCUUUUUUAUUAUUUCUAGUAUCGUAGCAUUAGGGGAGUGUAUCAAAUGUUUUUCUUGUAAAAACUCUAGUUUAAGUGCUGCAGAAGAAUACAAAAUAUGUGGCGAACAAUUUAUAAUGGAAGAUAUGGAUAGUUGUAAUGGAAAAUAUUGCUUAAAAAUUGUAGCAAAAUCUUCAAAUAAUACAUUUAGUGAAACAAAUGUAAGACGUCUCUGUACAGAUACACUUUCAAAUCUCGGUCAUACAAUUAGUGGAAAAAUUCGAAAGACCAGAUCAUCAAUGCACACCGAAUCUGCCAAUUUUUACUAUUGUGAUACUGAUUUGUGCAAUAGUAGCACUAACUUAAGUAUUUUUAUUAUUCUCCUAUUCAUUAGUUUUAUAAAUUUUAUUUUUUAGAAUAAAGAACAAUUUUCCAUCUACUAAAA